AACUGCAGGUGUUGUUUGUGUGUCGCUGAGGAAUUUAUUUAGGUAAGAAUGCAAGUUGAAUGUACGUGUUUAAAUAUACAAUUAAAUAUUUUUACUCGAUAAUGCACUGGUUUAUGGCACAGGAAAGCAGCUAAUCAUCAGGACUGGGACUUUAGCAAUUCUUUUGACUAACAUUUAGCAUUAUAAGAAUUGGGACAUUUAAGGGGGUUUUCGUUGGAACUUGUGAUCCGUGAAAAUGUUCAAGAAACGUCAACAAUAUCUUACUAAGUACAAAGAAGAAUCACACGUUCAGAAUGGCCAUGAUUUAUCCUUUUCAAAUGAAGACCACAAAGCAGCUCGUCGUUACUGUACAGAGUUGAAGUUGGCCCUCUUUUUGUUUUACGUUUCCUUCAUUAUCGUAUGCAGCAAACUGGUGCUUGUAAAUAGAGAAUUUUUUCAAAACUCAUAUGUUCAUUGUAAAACAUAUUGGGCCACAUCAUCAUUUGGGACAUACAGACUUCUUAGUGAUGAUAAUAAGAUCAAGAUAUCAGAGUUGCUUCUGACAUCCAACAGUGUUGUGAGAGAUUAUGUGGAUCAUUUGAAAUGGCUGUUAUUGCCAUUGCUUGCUGGAAUAGGUGUGACUAUUCUGACUUGGAAUAUAAUUUACAUUGACAGUUACAUUCCAGGUAUCAAUCCUCCCACCCCAUUCUCACCUACAAAAAACAGGAAACAACAUAGCUCCAGAUUCCCCUUGGUUUAUAUUAUAGCUAUUGUAAAUGGCUUCCUCGUCUUUCUUCUGAUGGUCUUCCAUUGGUAUUAGAGCUUCAUCAUACAAAGGCCCUGGAAGUAAUGUCAUUUGUCAUCACGUUAGAACGUCUGCAAGCCUGGUUAACAAAAGGAAAAUAUUGUGAAUUGAUAAAAGUAUGAUUUGUACUUACAAACUGACAUCUGAGGUGCAACUUUCAGUUUUACUUAACGUUAGACUAUUUUGCAGAGAAGCUAUUGCUUUAUCAGCUAAUAAGACUGAAAGUGGACUUCAGUAGCAUAUUCAGAAAAGACCACUCCCUCCUCCUCUUCAUGCCAUGACAGCUGACAAUAAAACCUCUACAGAAACUGAGUCCUGAAUUUUUUAUAGUAGAGAUAAGUUAUCAGCUUUCUUUCUUUCUUUGGAAGAACGUGAGUAUGUCAUGUUUUGUCGUGCAGUGUUAACUUGCAGAAUUGUACUGAUUUUAGCAAAAUACAUAUCUGGAUCCAGGCACUUGUCAGAUUUAGAAAGUUUGAUAUGGCAAGAGAGUACAUAACACAGUAAUGUAAUUGUAUAUUUGUUGUGGAAGAGCACAUUUUAGAUUCAUUGCUUUUGCAAUCAGACAUUAACAAUUUAACAAACAACAUUUGUUAAAUGUAAGUAAAUUGAAUACUGUAAUUAAUAUAUUGGUUGAGGUGUUGGAAAUAUUUUAGGUUCUUCCUCGUAGAGGUAAAAUAAAUUUACUUGAAUGGAUUGAACAUUGUAAUAUCAGUAUAUGAAUUAUGUAUGUAAAGCUUUGUAUACAUUAUCACUAUUGAGAGAAUAAAAUUUAAUUUUGUUAUGUUGUAUAAUGUAAGAAUGAUACAAGGAAUAUCUGCUUGUUUUGUCUUCUGAUAAUAUUAUAUGCAUGUCUUACAAAAUUGAAUCAUUUAUUUAUUUAAGAAUUUUGACAGAUUGGCUAGGAACUACUAAUAAUGAAAAAACUGCCACCAUCAGGAAUUACUCUUAAUACAGUAUGCAUUUAUAUGUCCACUGAUUAUUUAAGAUUGACGCUUUUGUAACACAUGAAAGAACUAAACAUUUUAUAACUAGCCCAGCUGUAUUAUUUUGUAUCAUUCAGAAUCACUAGUUUCAAAUUUUAUGUUUAGAAUGGACUUAUAAUUGCUGCCAGUGUUUAAAAAUUGUUUGUUAUGGAGAACAUAUUCGUAACCUUAUAUGAAGUUGUUUUAUUUGGUUCCAGAAUGUCGUAUAUUUUGCUUUGUUUUGACCCAGUUUUCUUCUUCACUAAACAAUAAACAUUGAAACUUGACCUGUUAAAUAAUGUUCUUCCAGUUACUUGAGUGGAAUCUUUUUCUAUACACCUUAUUUUGAAGAUCAGUUCCAUGUAAUCAUGUUCAGAAAGAGUGAAAAAUAUGUGUAUUUGUAAUAUUUUUUAUUUAUUUAUUGUUGUGAUUUCUAGAAUUUAGUGAACCUUCUUAAUCGUUAUUGUACCUGUGAGUUAUUAAAUAUUGUAUUGUAGGCCCAUUAUAACAGCUGACUAAUGUCUUUUGUUCUGCAUGUUGCUUUAGGAGUAAAGUUCUAUUUUCUGUUAUCAUCUGCUUCAGUGUCUCUUUUGAAAGUAUUGUCACUUUUCACAAUUUGUGUAAUAAUAAAAGAUGACCAAAAAGUACAUACAGUGCGGUUAAUAUUUAUUCUUUUUAUUAUCUGUUGUGUUUUAUUUUUGUAAUGUUAAAAUUGGUUUAUGUAGUGUGAUUUAUACUGUAUUUGUAUUUAUGUAGCAAAUAUAACAUAAUAAGUAUAAA